GGAGGGCGUUACAAAAAACACAUUCCAUAAAAACAGAAAACAAUCAACAAGUGUUUUUUGUUUUUAUAUUUCUGUCUGUGACAUCCUUAGAUUUUGCUCUUAUUCCUUCCAAUAUGUAUUCACUAAUUAUUUAAAAUCCUGAAGGUUCCAUAUUGAAUACUUAUAAACGUUUAUAACUUCAUUAAAUAUUUCGUUUUACGUCGCCAUCAAAUGCACGCAUCUCAAUCUGCUGUUGUGGCUGUAACGGGAGGGAUUUUGGCUUCCGUAUUCAUUGCAGCCCUCCUCGCCCUAUUGUUUAUAUGCAGGUAUCGACUUUGUCCUAAUGCUGGUUCAUCAUUAAAGAAAGAGCAAGGCACAGAUGUUCAACAAGAUGGCUUCCAUGUGAGUAGGUCAGAUAUCCACCUUAUAAGCAGCAUAGAAAUGGAAGAUGGAGACUACAUUAUGGACAGUAUUGAUCCUGAUGAUUUAGUAAUCCAUCCUGACUUGGAUAAGGUGUUGGAAUCUCAUAGAUGGAAGUGGGUGGAUGAUGCCCUUGGAAUAGUCCCUCACUGUCUUCAGAUGCUAAAGGGUUGUCACUUGAUGAGUGAAAGGUUGGUGACCACCGCAUUGGCUUCUACUGAACAACAGAAGUUUGUUGAAUUGGCAAUGGUUGCCAAAUCCGUCCUACCGUUAGUUGACGACGUCUUACGUUCCAUGUGUCCACCCAUUCAACCGCGUGGUGUUGAAAACCGAGCCGCCGCUCUUCUGAGAGGUGUUAACCGCCUGGGUUCCCUCACUGAACAAACGUGCAACGUUUCUUGGCCAUCAGGCAUUCUUGAUGAGAUGAAUAUGCACUACCAGAAACUUAAGGCAAUCGCCCGGCGCUCUGAAAUUCAAUUCAGAAAUGAGCAGAAUCUACAAGCAAACGGCGUAACGAUCGUCGAAUCCUGCAUGACCUAACAGUUUUAAAAACACAACACCUUGCAAUCAAUUUGGCCAUGUUCGACAAAAGCCACUUCACUAACAUCAUGUGCUCUACCCAUUAACUAACUGCUACAAGUAUAAGUGUAUGGACUUUAUUGAUCUUGCUGUAGCUUGUAAGCCUGUUCCCUCCUUAAAACUCAGCCUAUAUAAUUGAAUUCAUGUAAAACAAGGCAGCUUUUACCGUUAAAAAAGGAGCAGCGGUUUGGUUGCUCA